AGGAGACGAGAGAGAGAGAGAGACGCCGCCGGAGAAUAUGUGCGGAAUUGCAGUUAUCAUAUGCGGCGUUCGUAUCGAAAUCUCGACUCUUUCGUCUCUCUCUGAGCCUCCUUUCGAACAUUCACAUUUCUCUGUUGAAGAUGUGAAAUCUUCGUUAGGACAAAGAGGUCCUGAUAGUGUAGGAGAAAAGAAGAUUCUUCUUCAACCAACUUGUGAUCAAGAAUCUGUGACUCUCUCUGUUCUUGAUUCUACCCAAGGAACUUAUAACCUUGAGAAUACUACUACUACUACUUCUGGUGAAUUGCAUUUUAUAGGCUCUACUUUGCAGCUUAGAGGAACCACUCCUAUAAUCCAACCUAUGGUGGAUUCUUCUGGAAACAUUCUAACUUACAAUGGGGAAGUAUUUGGAGGAGUUGAACUUGACAGAUGUGAUAAUGAUACUGAAGUUCUUUUGAAGUCUUUAGAGAAAGCAAAUGAUUUAGUUCCAGAUGUUCUUUCUUUGAUUAAAGGUCCCUGGUCCAUUAUAUAUUGGCAGGAGAGCUCAAGAACGCUGUGGUUUGGUAAAGAUGCUUUUGGUAGGAGGAGUCUUCUUGUUCACUGGCCAACUGUGGAAGACCCUCGUUUUCUUCUCUCGUCUGUUUCUCCGGCUUCUUCUGUUGCUAAUGGCUCUGGAUUGGAUGCUGGAAAUGGUGAUGGUAUUCAUAGAUUUUGGGAAGAGCUUCCGUGUGGAGUGUACAGCAUUUCUUUCGGGGUUUCAGAAUCUGGUUUAUGUAUUCAUGGUGAAGUCACGAAGCAUGAGUGGAGAAAUACAAUGUGGAAGGAGUUGAUUGAAUGGGAAAGGAGUUUAGUUGUACCAAGACCUGAAGAUCAGUCAAUGCCAUCUCAUACCCGAAUUGAAGAUGAGAAAAACAAUGCUAUUUCAACGUUUUCAGGAUUUGCACAGACAGUUUUGGUUGUUUUAAAGGAAUCAGUGAGGCGCCGAACUUCACUGCAUAGCAUUUUUCAGGGAGAACAAGAGGUUGUCCCAGUAGCUGUUCUAUUCUCUGGUGGAUUAGAUUCAAUGAUUCUAGCUGCUUUAUUGGAUCAGUGCCUUGAUCCAAAAUAUGAAGUUGAUCUGCUUAAUGUCAGUUUUGAUGGUCCUUAUGCUCCUGAUAGGGUCUCCGCCAAGGCUGGAAUAAAGGAACUUCAAAAUAUUGCACCUUUGAGAAGGUGGAGACUUGUGGAGAUUGAUGCUGAUUUAUCAAAACUAGCAUUGGAGACAAAGCGUGUCAUGUCACUCAUAAAUCCUGCGGAUACUUAUAUGGACCUUAACAUUGGAACUGCACUCUGGCUUGCUUCUCGCGGUGAUGGUUGGAUUCACGAAGAAAUUGACAAUCAAACAGAAGAAAUAGAUAACAGGCGAAUAAAAUAUAAGUCUGAGGCUAGAGUUCUGCUUGUUGGCGCUGGUGCAGAUGAACAAUGUGCUGGUUAUGGUAGACACAGAACAAAAUAUAGAAACGGGAGUUGGGUUGCGUUGGAUCAAGAAAUGAAACUGGAUAUGCAGAGGAUUUGGAAAAGAAACUUAGGUAGAGAUGAUAGAUGCAUUGCAGAUAAUGGUAAAGAGGCGCGAUUCCCAUUCUUAGAUGAAGAUGUGAUAAAGACUCUCCUUGACAUUCCCUUGUGGGAAAUAGCUGAUCUUGAGCAACCAAGUGGAACCGGAGACAAGAAGAUUCUUAGACAGGUAGCCAAGUUGCUUGGCUUACAUGAAGUUGCAAAGAUGCCUAAGAGAGCAAUACAGUUUGGGUCAAGAAUAGCUCGUGAAUCAAACCGGAAGAAUUUUGGAAGUAACCGUGCAGCAAACCAGGCCUCUGCUGGGAGCGUGAGAUUCCACGCACCGUGAGACUGAAAAGGCUCAUAUCUAUCUAUCAGACUAUCACUAGUCAAACCUAUUGUUAGAUCACAUUUUUGUGUGUUCUAUGGUAUACAUACAAACAGUGCCGUGGGAAGGUUUUAGGGGGCCUAUGGCAAAAACAAUAAAUGGUUUAUUCAAUGUUUUCUUGUGUAUGUUAAAAAAUAAAUGGUGGAUAUUUGAGAUAUUCUAAUUAUAAGAUUCCAUUGUGUCA